AUGAUUAGUCGAAUCUUCCUUCGAUCAGGCCGUCGAAUGCAAAGUGUCUCUCCUCCAAAAAGCGGUGGCCAAGCGGGUCCGCUUUCCUGGCCGGCCAAGGUCACAGGCAAUCCUGCGCCCAAAAAACCGGCGAAAAAAAGCGGUUUCUUCCCUUCGCUUCGAAAGAAUCUCCUGGCUGACCAAGAAAAAAAUCUUCUCAAGGCAGAGCAAAAUCGAUGGUUUCCAUUUCUCAGAAAAUCUCAAGAUGAGUCGCCUUCGCCCUCGAAAACGACCUAUUCCGUCAAGACAAACCAAAAAGACAAAGAAGAUGAUCUUGUCGUUUGGUGA